AUUUCUGAUUGUGAAUAGAUUGAAUGGAGUAAAUAGAAUAAAUUCUAUUUAGUGAAUGGAACAAUGGAGUAAAUUCUAUACAUGUCAGUGAUAGGGUUAUAUAAAUUUAUUGUGAGCACUUGCUGAUUCAAGCUUGAUUGAUCUUUGCAACUCUGUAUUUGGGAAAAAAUGAGCAAUACUGCGGAUUUGAUGCGCAACAUGGAUGCCCUCCUAGGAAAAAUUGGGAGCAGCAGCUUAGAGGAUUGUGCUCAAAUACUUCCAUCUGCUCAGACUGCAGAUAUCUACAUAUUAGCUGGAGAGGCUCAUCUGGAGAAACUUAAUGAGAAUCGUUCAAGCAUUGAUGUGGAGGACCAAUUGAAUUUGCUCUGGGAAGCUUUUCACCAGUUCUCCAUGACACAUGCAACGCUCUACUUGCAGCGACACAAGCAGAAACUGCUCAGACAAAGUUGCAGCAACAAGAAGAAGAAGGCCUUGUCAAGUGAUGGUUUGUCAGGCAUGCAUCCUGAACCAGACACAGCUUGUCUACAAAUGGCCAGCUCUCCUGAAGACACUCGUGCCCUUUUGUCUGCACUUCCUGAUGGCUGGACAGUGGUGCAGAUAACAGCAGGUGUUGGUUGUGAAGGCAGUGCUUCACGGCUGCUUCACAUGCCACCAUCUCAUCAUGUGUUGCAUAUUGCCAGAGUUCCUGCAGGCAGUAUAAACAAAUCCCAUGGCCAACUGGUUAUGCAGACAAUUGAAAAUUGUGAUGAUUUGCUGGUGCAAGAAAUGGAAAGCAUCAAGGAGCAGAACCGAGUAAUUAACAAGGCUUAUGCUGACAAUGUCUCCAAGUAUUCUGCCAUGAGGGAACAUCUUGACAACAAACUGCGGGGUGUGGUGCGUGGGCUGGAGUGCUCGUGGCUGGGCGUGUGGAGGUUCCUGCUGUCAGGCGCGCUGCCGCCCCAACUGCAGAGCGACGUGAUGGACGCCGUCAGCGCCGCCGCGACCGUGGCGAAUGUGUCGCUUUCAAGCACCCAGCAAUACUUGCUCAUGCUUGCAGUGAGCUGCCCUGCAGUAGAGCUCAGUCCUCAUGACGACAAGACCAAGAAAGCGCUGGAUGUCCAGGUGGCCUUCCCAGCACAGCUCAGGGUGGUGGUGGGUGCAGUGCUGCAGUAUGUUGGUCACGGGUCGGGCAGCCAGUACCUGCCUGGGGAUCUGGUGGAGGAAGUGCAGUGUCAUGCGUGCGUAAUGCUAUACGGCUGCAGCAGCGUCAGGCUCCAACCCAGAGGCUUCAUACCUGAUCCCUGGGGCGUCCUCCUCAACUACCUCCUUGCUGCCAGCCCCUGCGUGGUGGGGAUGCUGUGGGAAGUGACUGAUAAAGAUACAGACCUGCUGACGGGCGCCAUGUUGGAUCGCAUGCGCGCUGUUCGCAUUGGUAAUUGUGAGGAACCGCUUGAUCUGCCGUCUAUAAUUGCUGCUUCAAGGCCUAUGUGUAACAGGUUUGUGACGGCGGCAGCUAUCGUAGUGUACGGAUUACCGUGUAGCUUCAAGAUGCCAUCAUGAUGCCCAAUUUUGUACCUACAUUGUGAAGCUUGUCAGAUGUAAAUAUAUUUUAAUCGAAGGA